UUGACUUUACCGAGGCAGUCACAAUGAGCGCCCCGAACAGCCCCGCCAUGUCCCCGUCGCAUCACCUGGCGGUCGGCAGGCUCCGGUCCGACAGUAGACGGUCGCGGGCUCCCAGUGUACUGGACAGAAUGGCAGAAAAGAUAGGUGCCGAUAUGACAUUGGCUGCCGAGUACUACGAGCCCACACAAGGGACCCCGGUACCAGACCAGGAACCGCUGCCAGAGAUCGAUCAGGUGUCAGGCAAGAAACUCUCAAGAAAGCAAAGAAAAAAACUACAAAAGGAAGAGACCAUGAAGGAGACAGGAGAGACGUCCAAGGAAUAUGACUCAAGAUGGACUUCCAUCUACAUUGUCUUCCUCUGCGUCUUCCUAUCAGGAACCGGUUUCUCUUUGAUUCUCCCGUCCGUGUGGCCGUAUUUACAGCAGGUGGACUCGACCAGCACCACGAAUUUCCUGGGGUUCACGGUGGCGUCCUUCGGCCUGGCCCAGUGCUUCGGCUCGCUGCUCUUCGGCUGGUGGGCGGACUACUUCAAGUCGGUCAAGCGGGCCCUCAUCUACUCGGCGGGGCUGACCCUCAUCGGCAACCUGGUCUACUUCGCCGCCGACUUCGUGCCCAACAACGCCCGCUGGGUGGUGAUGGCCGGCCGCUUCUUCAUUGGUCUCGGUGCCGGUGAUGUUGCACUUGGACGUACCUACGUAGCCUCAGCUACCACCGUCCGUGAACGCACAGACGCCGUGGCGCUGAUGAGCGCCUGCAUCUCAAUCGGCUACAUCACCGGACCACUGUUACAAACUGCCUUUGCAACCAUCGGCUACCCUGGCUGGGCGUUUCUCAACAUGUACUCAGUGCCCGUCUUGUUCAGUGCCGUGAUUGGGGUCGGAAACAUCGCUCUGCUGGCCGUCAAAUUCAAGGAUGCUCCGGUGGCUGACAGACUGAACGCCAAGGCAGAGGAGGCCAGGAGGAAGUCCAAAGCAGGAGACAACCUGGUCAGCAAGGAGGAUGCGGACAAGAUACAGAUGGCUGUCAACGGGCUGACCGCAGACAGUAAUCACAACAGUGGAGACGGUGAGAAACGAGGGAGCACCGCUAGCGAGUGGAGCCAGUCAUCCGAGGAAGACGGAGCCAAGCUGGACGUCGUGGCCGUCAUUGUUAUCAACAUCCUCUUCUGCGUUACGUCAUUCAUCUUCUCUGCACUCGACACUGUUGGCACCGCCCUCGUGAUGGACGAGUACGGUUUAAUCCAAGACAAGGCCAUCCUGUAUCAGGGACUCCUGCUAGCAUCGGUGGCCUUCCAGUUCAUCAUAGUCGUGCUGCUUCUCAAACCCCUGAAAAAAAUCAUGAGCGAGCGAGCCAUCUUCCUGCUGGGCUUCGUGAUAGCCGCCAUCGGUAUCUUCGUCAUGCUGCCGUGGGGAAACACGUUCCUCUCGGACAUAUCGGCUCAGGAAAAUCAAGCUUUAUUCGACGAGUAUCUGGGUGGGGUCAACCCCUGGCCUGAGAUUUGCGGCGAUGCCGAACCCGCAGGGGCGCUGUCAAUGUCCGCUCACCAGCCGUUCUCGAUCCAGGGGGCGGGAGGCGAGCAAGCCGUGGGCAUCCUCAGCGGUCCCGUGGACGCGGGUACCAGCAACCUGACCUACGGCGUGUGCUGGGAGCUGUACGAGUGGUGCUGCCGGUCGCCAAGGAUUUACAUCUCGCAGUAUCUGAUUGGCUUCCUGCUGUCGAUGGGCGUGUCUUACGGAUUCUGCUUCAUCAUGGCGUCCACGAUCUACUCCAAAGUGCUCGGGUUGAAGAACCAGGGCAAGAUGAUGGGGUACCUGACCGCGGCCGGCUCCCUGUCCCGCAUCAUCGGACCCAUCUACAUAGGGCAGAUGUACGGGGCCUUCGGGCCUCGGCUGUCCUUCGCCAUCAUCCUGGCCAUGCUGAUCGCCGCCGUGUUCCUGUGCACAUGGUUCUACUCUCGCCUCGUCCCCUUCGGCAUGAGGGAGCUCUACCAGGUUCACUACUCGGACAUGGAGGCGUAUAUGGCCCGGAAAAACAACCAGGGGGAAGAGCAGGUUGGGGAGGGGAAAGGGGCUGGGGAGAAGGAGGGGAAGGCAACGGCAAACGGGGAGGGAAAGGCAACGGCAAACGGGGAGGGAAAUACUGGUGGCACUUAUAUCUCAAUCGAGGACACAAAUUUGUGAACAAAGAAUAUAGUGCGUGAUAGACGAAUUUCAAAUUGCCGCUGAAACCAAGGGCCUCGGUGCUGUCUUUUGUUGAGAGGAUUAAAAAGAAAAGGUCCUCAAUUCAUACAAUGGCUUAGCACUGAGAGCCUCGGUUGCAAUACUAAUUUAAAAUUCGUCGAUUGGUUGUAAUUUAUGAACGCAUGAGGGCGCUGUAUUGUCGCCAUUUCUGGGGCAAUAACAGCAGAGUUUUAAACGUACAUCGAAGCAACUGAGUAAUUUUUACCCUCAAUCGGAGAAUGAAAGAUUGUGUAAAGGGUGAUUUUUUAAUUAUAUGCAACAUGUUAAAUGUACGUUAAUAACCUCCCAUUUAAAUCUGUGUACACCCAGAAAAUGGUGUCGUUAUAAAGCGCCCUCAUUUCUUCCCUGGAAUUUUAUAUCACUGCGCAAUCAUGAAAGAUAACAAUACUCAGUUUCCCGGAGAUUAGAUCCUCUUUUUAAAAAAUUAGCAGUCAAACGUGCACCUGUCGUCGAUUAGGCAUUUUUUAAAAUUUUUUUUUAAUUUUUUUUAGUCAAUUCCUAUAGUUUGAGUGCAUUGGAAAUUGUAUUUAUUUGUUUGUUGUAUCAAUGGUAUAGUGGACAACCCGUAAGACCAUCAACUCAAAUUCUUUAAUAUCAAAUCGAUGAAUAACAAU